UUCGCGAGUUGCGGGUGAGGUAGGAUGUUCGCCGAUCCCGCUUCGCCGAACAAACGAUCGUUCGGAACUUCCUAACUUUGUGGCAACUUGUGAUGUGAAUAUCUAUGCUGGAAUUGUAAAUGAGUUUUUAAGUUUUUUUCGUUAUUUGAGUCCUCAAAAAUAAAUGAACUGUGGGAAGGGAAUAACGAUUUAGUUUGUGUAUCAUAUUAUACCGACUACGUUGGCUGCAUUCCAUUAUCUGAUGAAUUUCAUUUCAGCUAAAACGGAUACGUAUGCUAUUGCUAUUGAACAACUUAAAUAAGAAAUGGUGAAGUUAUUUGUGGAAGUGAAAAGGACCUGACAUUAUGUGCAAAAACGUGAAAAACGUAUCAUGGGAGACAGAGACUCUGAUGGGGACCCCGCCGAAGUCCAAGUGGGGGAGUUUUGAACCCCGAGCGGCGUUGUCACAUGUAGGGCUGUUUGUGGCUCUCAUGCUGUACACGGGCGGUGGAGGGUUGGUUUUCCGAGCACUGGAGUAUCCUGCUGAAAUGGCCAAGCAAGAGUACCAUAGAGAAAGACUUCUAACUGAGAGGUGGAAUCUCAUACGUUUCGUAUCUGAACGAAACAAUGGCACAGAUAAUGAUGGGACCGAAAAAUUACUUAGCGAUCACUUAGCUGUAUACGAGAGGGUACUGGAAGAAGCGUCAUCGAGCGGUUUGGCGCUGGAAGUGGAGAAUAAUUUUCCACCGCUCGAAGAAAAAUGGAGUAUACUGCAAGCUGUAUUUUUCUCUUCUACUGUGCUCACCACAAUAGGUUAUGGUAACAUAGUGCCAGAGACAUUCUGGGGCCGGUUAUUCUGUAUCGCAUAUGCGCUCAUUGGAAUACCUCUGACGCUCACUGUCAUCGCUGACUUGGGGCGAGUGUUCGCGACGCUUGUCUCAAUUAUUGCUAAACAAUUACCCGCGAUGCCAAAAUGCUGCAGUCGAGUUUCCGAAGCAAAUCCCGCUGGGCAAAGAUCGUUAUAUGCCUUCGGGGCCGUAGGUUUCCUAUUCUUGUACUUGUCAGCAGGGGCAGGCUUGUUCAAAAUGUGGGAAGAUGAUUGGACAUUCUACGAUGGAUUUUAUUUCUGUUUUAUUACCAUGACCACUAUUGGCUUCGGUGAUAUCGUUCCUAAAAGACCAAAGUAUAUGUUAAUAUGUACAGUAUACAUUUUAAUCGGUUUGGCACUAACGUCAACGAUUAUCGAGCUGGUGAGACGGCAGUACGCCAGGUCUUGGCAGCAGCUGCGGGCGCUCUCCGGCCCCUUGGCUGACACGCUUCGAAGGCUGGGCGAUGCCGGCCGCGGGGUCGACGUCUCCGCAUUGCACAGCGACCUUCGCAAAGUACUCACUGUGAAAAGCUAUACCGGUCCCGAUACUAUGGUAAAACCAAAGACCUCGCCUCCCAAGGUGACGAUGCCAAGGUUGAGCAGCGCCGGAGGGAAUGCUCUCACUGACAAACGAAGACUGGAGUGGGAGGCUGCAGUAGAAGCCGUCAUCAGGGAUAUCACUGCGCCAGCGCCCACUCAGAAACCACCAAUAGUUCAGAUCGUUAUUUACGAGUCAUCCGUGUAAAACACCGAAUUUUUGUUAAUACUAGGCAUCAUUGACACUAGCUCAAUCGCCAUCACAUUAAUAAUGAAUUGCUUCCAUUAUUACCACUACUGUUCCAUUAUUUCCAAUUAUAAUACGAGGCUUGAUCACGGCCGCUCUCGUUCCGCGUGAUAUUUAGACAUUAUGCGUUAAAGUUCAAGGCUAGUUACCCUUGUUCGCUCGAAUUAAGCACUCAAUACUUAAUCGCUGAAAUACUUGCUCGUUCGUUACGAAUACGGUUAGGGCAGUGUUAGUGAGUAAAGUAAUGCGAUUCUAAUUCUUCAUACCGCGUGUGGUUCCGUGCGCGUGCCAAUGUCAGAAAAAGAAAUGACUCGGUGUUUAUACGCAUUGAAGAUUUUGUUUGACGUUUUUUGUUAAGACGUUAUGAGCGGCGGCGUAUUGUCUAGACAAGAGUGAUGAAUACAUUUAUUUUUAUAGAUUAUUCUCGCUAAUAGUUUAGCGUUUAAAUUGUUAGUAUGAUGUAUGUGUUUUGUUACAUUAAGAAUUCUUUAGAAAUUCAUUUGAAUUUGUCUGUGUCUUGGAAUAAUAAAUGAUGAUGCGUUUGGUCGCACUGCCUCGUCCCGUGGCGUUCGGAUCAUUAGCGUGAUUUAUAACACGAAAGUUAUAAACACCUCGUAUAAACAAGGACUAUGAUACUAAAACAAACAAUAAUAAAUAUAAUUUUCAUUAAAGGAAUUCAGUUUUUAAUGUCUGUGUUUGUUUUCCUGCGUACAAAUUAAAUUAGAAUUUGUUUUAGCAUAAAAACAUAUGUGUUUGUAGACAAGCGGGCAAUCGUUUUUGUGAUGUUCAUUAUUAUUUUAUUGUUUUAAAUUAAACGCUUAGAUUUAGUUGUGUCACAUUUAAUUUUGUCUGAUGGAAGCAAAAUGAACACUUUUAUUCAUAGUUAUGUGGUAUAAACAUGACAAAAUUGUGUUCAAAUUAUACCAAAUUGGACUAGGUUAUAAUUUUAUUUAGGAAAUGAUUGCAUUGAAAAUUAUCAUAUGUAUAAGUAGUUAAAUUAUUAUAGAGCAAUUUUGUAUUAAACUGAGCACUGUCUUCAAUUUAUGGCAGUUUUUCAAUAUAAGUGGAUGAUACAAUAUCUGUUGAAUUUUUGAUUAUUUUUUGCUCUGUGAACUGUCACUGCAUACCUACACAUCCUUUAGCAUUGAUGAGAGUUUUUUUAGCACCCCCAAAUGUUAAUAUUGGGAUAUCAAAAAAUAGCUACUGAAAUUUGACAAUACUGAUGUCGUACCUGCUUGUGAUUUUUUUAUAGACCAAAAAUAUAUGUUGUUAUUUUAAUGUCAAAUAUGAUUGAAUGUCUCAUCAUGUUCACUGAUGUCUGAGCUACGUUAAUGGAGUCAGAAAGUGCGUGCGGUGUCUUCAACCCUUUUCCUAUUUUCGUCUUGCCUAUUGCCCCUGCCAUAUUUCAAUAUAAUCAGGUGAAUAAAUCUCAAAACUCCAGCAAUUAUGAUGAUAGCAAUGUCUAGCAAAAUAUAGUUACCUUUACAAGUCAGUUGAUGAUGUAUCCGCUGCUGACGAUGAGUGAAAAGAUUAUGAGUAUGCGCAAGCAACGCGAACAGAUGGCCGCUCCUCACGUCUCUGAAUUGUUUCAAAAGACAUUAACCAUCGUAACACAAACAUUUUUAAACACCUGUUGAAUACUUGUCUAAAAAAUGACAGAUUAUGACUUUGAAAUAAAGUCCGUUUUGCAUCCAAUUUUUUUAAAGACAAGUGUUCAACAGAUGUUUAAAUUGUUGUAAGGCCAUAAUUGUUUAAAAUUUAACACGAGGCAACAUUUCUAGCUGUUACUUCCAUCACAUACUGUAAUAGUGUAAGCAUUUUGGCAGAUGUCAUUAUUUCAUAAUGUAAGCUCUGUAAACUCGACGAUACAAUAAUGACCGUAUUUUUAACGCUGUUUGUUACUUUAAUACGCAAUUUGAACUGAAGCUGGAAUUUCAAUAAAAUUGUUCAAUAUAA